GGGGACGCCGGCUCGCGAUCGCACCAAGCUGGGCCCGACACAUGCGCGGGCCCCCUGCGCCGUGUCCUGCUGUGAUCUUGGUUGGUGGGCUCGUGGCCCCUCUCUUGCGCGCUGCGGUGCUAACCCUGGCCAUCUCGCCUCAAAGCCAUAGCCUCGAGUUCGGGCUACCUCCCCUGACAAAGAAGCGAUGAAGCCUCGACGCAUCUGCGCGGCCCCGCUUGCCCUGUGGGCGGCGUCGUCCUUCGCCGAGGGGGCGCUUCUCCGCAGCCAGGCCCUCGGCGGCGCGCAGCCUGGGCAGCCCGAGAUCUUGAAGCUCCUCUCCGACGUCGACGAGAGCGUGCGCAAGGCCGCGGACGACGAGGAGCUCGUGUUUGCCACGCUGAUCGCCUACGACGAGCAGCUGCUGGGCAGCCUCGGGCGGGAGAUGGGCACACUGAACAAGACCCUGACCAAGCUGGCGUCGAUACACCAGACGCUCGGGUCCGAGCUCGGCGCCUCCCGCGCCGAACUCGGGCGCCUCGACGAGCGAGCGCAGGGAUCCGCGAGGACGGCGAGGAACUACGAGGCUGGAACGGCCCAGGCCGGCAAGAAGUUCAGCAAGCUGCUCGCAUCCGUGGGCACCCUGAUUUCUCUGCUGGAGGGCGCCAAGUUGACCCCGGAGGGCGCGCUCAUCACCCGCGGCCUAUCCACCUCGGGCGGGCCGAGCAGAAUGUACAGCUCCAUCCGGCGCCUGCUCGCGGCCAACGGGCCCCUCCAGAGCCAGUUCAAGGACGUCUUCGACUCCUUCCUCGUGGUCCCAGCGCCGCAGACACCGACAUCCCCGCAGCCAGCGCAGCCGCAGCUGUCGCGGUCGACCCCGCCGCCCCGCCAUCCUUCGUGCAGGCGCACUCCAAUUCCUCGGCCGGGGGGGCGUUGGUCAGUCUCCCACGAGCGCCGGCCGUGCGCAUGACGCCGACGCUGCUCAGCCGCACGGUCGCGGCGCUGAAGGCCAUACAGACCAAGGUGUCGAGGCAGAGGGCGAAGGCGCUGCUGCAGCUCGGCAACUGGCAGCAGAAGCUGCGCGCCGAGGCGGCGGACGCCAAGGCCAACGCGGACAUGGAGCAGGGCGUGGAGGCCGAGAAGGAGCAGAAGGCCGAGGAGCUGCUGUUCAGCUCCACGUUCACCGAGGCGGUGUGGAAACUCGACGAGGACUUCCGCGGCAAGAUGUCGAGGAGCAUGCAGAACAAGGCGGAGCUCGUGGAGAUGAUCCGCGACUCGCGCGCCCAGCAGCUCAGGACGCUCAAGAAUCUCAUCGACCUGCUACAGGGCAAGUACAGCGUCGGUCCCACGCCGCCAACGGAGGACGUGCAGGCCGCCGCGGCUCUGGCGGAUGCCUUUGUGCAGCUGCGCUCGAAUGUGCACCUCCCUAGGGUGUCGAACCUGCAAUUCGAGAUAGAGACGGCGCUCCGCAAGAAGAAGGACACCCACAGCAUCCUGUUGCGCGUCCGUGACAUGCUGGACAGGUCCACUCCCGUGGACGCUGGCAGCGUGCAGGGUGUGGCUGUACAGAUGGGCACAGCGCUCCGGGAGCUGAACCAGGAGCAGACCAAGGAGGGCGACGCCAGGGUCCGCUGCGACUCCCAACACAUGCGCGCCCGGGAGGAGUCCCGAGGCCUUCGGGCCAACCUGGCGCUCAUGGGUGCGGUGUACAACAACACCCAGCAGGCCAUCGCCGCCGCGAAGGGGAACCUGAAGGGCAUCGCAGCCAAGACCCACGCCCUGGAGAAACUCGCGAGCGACUUCGCCAAGAUGGUCGCGCAGGCAAUGCGCACGCUGGAGGGGCAGAGCCAGGACCGUGGCACCAUCAUGGUUGCGGUGCAGAAGGCUGGCGAGAGCGCGGCCAGCCUGGCGGAGAAGUCGGCCUCCACGGCGCUGAUGGAGCAGAUGCUGCAGCAGCUGGGGGCCCAGGAGCAGCAGGAGAGCAGCUACAGGUCGGAGCAGGCCGCCUUCCGCACCCACUUCCUGACGUACGUGCGGGACUACCUGCAGCUGCUCAAGGAGCGCAGGGGCCACUACGAGAGCUCCAUGUCCGCGCUGGAGCUGUACUCCAACGAGGUGGCCAACGACGCCGCAGUACAGCACGGCUCGCUGGAAGCGAGCAGGGAUCUGGAGCGCGAGGACAAGGAGCUGUGCGACAGCAUCCUGAGAUUCUACGACAGGCACAACCAGCGCCGACAGGAGCUGAAGCAGGCCCUCCAGGUCGUGCUGCCGCAGCUGCCGGACAUCGUGGGCCUCGGAGUCGACGGCGCCGACGCCUCCGACCUGCUGGGCGACCAGUGAGGGCAGACGUCCGGCGGCCGGAGCUGAGCAGGGCUGGCGUCGGCGCAGCGAGGCGGGAAAAAUUCAGGUGGGAAAAAAAGCACAGGCACAAUUAAUCAUCGAUUCCCCA